AUGGAUAGUUGGGAUGGAGAACUAGACCCCCACGAAGAUGAGACUCCUCACGAGGGAGAGUCCAUAUAUCCACCUGAUAGUGAUCAUUUUGUAGUUUUCAGCUCAACCCCGUAUUAUGCUUACCCACCGAGGAUCCCCCACACGACGCCCAAAUAUAGAGGGGCUGUCAAAUGUGAUCGCAUUGACACAAAUUAUCGUAUUAUUCCAUCUGUCAUCUGUAGCUUUUGCAUACUUUUUGGCCUGUUUCAUUGCUUUUGUGGCUACAGAUACUUCAAAGCCAGCAUGUUUUUAACCGGUUUUUUAUUUGGUUCUUUGGUAACAUACUUAAUUUGCAUUGAAGAAAAUUUCCUAACGAUUGAAGCAAAGAUCGGAGUUGCGAUGGGGGCAGGCAUUCUGUGCGGCCUGAUAACGAUGCUGGUUCAGUAUGUUGGUCUCUUCAUGACUGGCUUUCAUAUGGGGUUCCUCUUGGCAGUUGCCGGUUUAAUUGUUGCCGACUGGUUCAUUCAGGUUCAUUCCAAAUGGGUGCCCAUUGGUUCCAUUUUAAGUGUUGGCCUGUUAUUUGCUUUGUUAUGCCUAAAAUAUCAGAGAGCUAUUACGUAUUUGGCGAGUUCCAUAAUUGGAUCAGCUAUGGUAACAGCUGGAGUUGAUCAUUUCGUGAAUCAUUUUGGUAUAUUGUACCAUGCUCUUGAUAGGUUGAAGGUAGUCAAAUCGCCCCUUUUAUGUUGGUACAUGUGGAUGAUCUUGGCUGUCUGGCCACUCUUCUCCUUGCUUGGUAGUGUGUUUCAAUGUCAGCUCACUGGAAGAGAUUGUGACCAUCGAGAACGUUUGUUCUUUUCAUUUUUGUCAUUCCUUAAAACCUUAACUGAGUUUGUAUUUUUUAAAUUUAAAGAAAUAUUUAUGUUAGAAUCAUGCUUCCAUAAAGCUUUGUGUUUCUCUUGUUUGAAAUUAAUUUGA